AGCGAUGCUGGCUCCGGCUCUUCAAGAUAAAAGACCGCGUCUCCCUACUCCAUUUUCUGAUUGAGAGACCAAGAAGAUGAUGAGCUACGAUCUUCUAGCAGUACCUGUGAUUUCACGACUACAGUUUAGGGAGCAGCUUCUAGUCGGUCUUUCCAUUCCUCAUAAUGAAGCGACAAACAUUGCUUCAUUCUCCCCUAGUUUCUAAGUAAACAUAAGCAACAUGAUUAACGACCACGAGGGAAAAUAAAGAUGACGCUGCGUCCUCGUCCUUGCUUUGUCAUCCCGCGUCGGCCUUACUCGGCCAGCAGUGCGGCGUUCAACGGUGCUCCUUCAACAAGCUCACUAGAAACGACUGUGCUGAUAGAAGGGUCUCAUAGUUCUACCGUAGGGCGGGUACCUUCGACUGGUAGCGCGUCGCUUCCAACGACCACAACCUUCACUUCGAGCAGCCCUUCGACUUCCACGUGGCAGUCGCCAACCAGUACAACUAUAGAUCCUUGUUCAGUUGUAGCAGCCGAAAGACAACAGGGCGCUGUCCCUACAACGGACUACGCUGAAGAUGUUGGUCGAUUAUGCAUGGAUUUCCACGCAGCCUUCUUGCGUGGUGCCCUUUGUGACACGCUUCUUUCGAAUUUGUACGUGCAAAGGCAUUUACUGCGUCCGGGUGAAGCGGCCACGAUAUUGAAUUUAUGUCGAGUGCUCAGGUCUUGAUCUUCGCAUAACGAAAAAACUCAAAUUGGCCCUUCGGAUUUCAUCACAAUUUCUCGUCAGCAAGGCUGUGUCUCUGUCCUACGCCUAGUAGAAUUAAGGGUAGGUUAAAGGUGCUUUUCUUACCGCUUUUUAUGCCUCUCCUAAGGGAAAAAGGCAUAACAAGCGGGGUAAGGGAGCACCAAAAACCUACCUCUAAUAGAAGAUAAAUUACUCCGCCUUCGUCCUCAUCGUACUUACUUGUUUAAGAACACAGUCAACAUGCUUAGCAGUGCAUUCAACAUUGGUACAGCCUCCACCCUUGCCUUUCAUUCUACCAUCUAGCCCGACUCCGCGUCAUGAAUCCACGGAACAAGCAGCAGACAUCCUGCAGUUCUCGAGGUGUAGGCCAACAGCUAUGGGAUGGCGUCGUUGCGGAUAGUCUCAAGAAUCUUUCGCUGUGUGAAAGUGGUGACACAUUGGCAACGCUGGCGAAUGCGUUCGCGGUUGCAAACCAAAGAGAUGAAGCGUUUUUAAAACGUUUGGGGGAUGAAGUGACUUAUGAACUUGCUAUUGGGAUAGGCUUAGGGUCAGGCAUUACGCAUGACAGUAUGAAGAUAUCAGGGCUUAGGGUUAGCAGUCGUCAGGGAAAUCUUAGGCAGAUUGCCGAAUAGAUUCGCGCCAUCAUGAAGAUAUCAGUAGGUAGGCGAAAAACGCCGCAGGCAGAGGCACAUCAACAACUCGAUCUAAAUAAUAAUGAGGAGGAUCUUCAUCAGUUCCUCAAUAUUUAGUGUCCCGCCGUGAUCACUUUUUACCUGAUCUAAAGAAAACAGCGACUACGAGACUUCGAAGACUGGCGUUCACUGGUAAAGGAGACAGGCAUGCGGGGACAAGAAGAUGGAGUCGGAGAUGAAGUUAAUAAUACGAGCAACGGUACAACAGCCUCGAGACGACGUCUAGACCGCGUCGUGGACAAUCAAGUGUUGAUCUCCCCUAGAAGUGUUGCGAUGCUGGUCAACGCUUUCGGAAGGCUCCAAAUUCCCCACCAGGAAAUGCUCGAAGCGGUGUCGGAGUAUCUCGUGAAUCGGCUUGUUCCAUUAGAAGACGAACAGAACAAGAGGACGAGCAAGAAAAAAUUGAUAGAGGAAGAUGAGAAUCUCAUUGAAAGUGUGAACGAAGUGCCGGCGUUACAUGAGCAGAUCAACUUUGUGACUCCUGAGAAGCUGAAUGCAGUGGAUGUUGCAAAUCUCGUCAAUGGCUUCGCUAAAUUGAACUACUUUCAUUAUGGGUGUACGGAAUUCAUUUCCUUCUCCAAAGUCACCUGGAAAAAAAGACAAGAGGAAAAAGGGAGCCAGGUGAUCCCUGAGAUGAAUUUCCAAUACCUCUAAUUUCAACAUGAGGAGCUUUUCUGUGCUUUGCCCUACGAGCGUUUGGCGCCUACGUUCGAGCAAGCGCAUUUGGCGAUGAUCGCAAACGCUCUAGCCAAGUUUUCUAGUGCCACAAAGGUGUCUUGUUCUCCGAUUGUGCAAAUUCUGUGUGAGAGGGCUAGGGCAAUUUGUAUGGCAAAGCAAGAGGAUAACUGGCCUGCCUGGAGAAUGUCGAAGAAAAUGGAAGUUGCUAGAAUGAUGGAGACGUCCUUGACCUCGACUGCUUUGACAAGUACUAGUACUGGUAGUCGUGCAGAAGGUGGGAAAACAUCAAGUACAAGUACAACGCCUCCUCCUAGUCCUAGUGGAAAGAAGACCAACAAGGACAAGAGAGCCAACAAUUCUUCACCUGCCAGUACAACUUCUAGAACAUCUUCAUCUUCUGGUUUAUUCUUAGCACCGAAUUACCUUCCGAGCUUCGUUCAUGCAAUCGCCACGAAGAUGCAAAUCGUCAACCAAGAGCUGAGAGAAGUGACGUUUUUGAGUCUAGCGCGUGCAGACCCCGCAGCUUUCGAGAUAUGCGAUUUGGUGAUGCUUUUGCCUUGUCUUCCGCGUCUGUUUCCGGGUGGAUGGAAGUUUCGUGGGACUAAUGAAAAUGCUCCGUCUUCAUCCAGAAUAACAUCAACAUCCAACACAACAACUACAUCGAAAAUCAUCCAGAACAACAAGAAGACUCUGAUGAAUAUACCACCAUCCGUAGCUGAAGUAGUCGCUCCGCUCUUCCUACAAGCAGUAAAGGGUCCGAGAAGAGGGCUAGUGGAGUACCAGGGUCACGCACUGGCUAGUAUAAUGUGGGCAGCUGCGGUUUUGCGUCUAGGGGACACAAGAUUUUGGAUUCCGUCACUGGAAUUCUGUGCGUUGCAGAUGCAAACGACCGCAGAUCAACCUGUAGCUGUGACAAUAUCAGCAUCACCGAAUAGACGUAGAGAAGCCCGUAAUGCGGUGAUAGGGAACCAGAAGAUGAACAUUAUGGCAAGAUAACUGAACUCGAAGGUCGAAUGAGGCUACUUAACAAGAUAAAGUACAACUAGCUGUAGCUACUACUACUACUUAGAUGAACCAAUUAUACCAAGAAAUAUUAGCAAUAACGAUGCAUCAAUUUCAAUGGCAAUGGGUCCAGCUCUAACAUUCUGGGCAAGCAGGCUUCUGUCUUGUUUUACUUAUCGCCGCAGACGGUUCUGGGUCCGGAGUUCGCCCUAUCUGCAGUGCGGUCUAUUCAAGCCGGUGUUAGUUCCUCUGAAGAUGGCGAAACGCAAACACGUGAGCCACCUGCUACUAGAAGAAGUCUCGUUUCAUCUGGUAAGGGGCAAGACUUAGCAAUACCUUCUCUCCAAGUACAAGAACAAUCGAUGAGUCGGGGAGCUGAUGUUGGUCAACAAAGUACAACUAGGAAUGCCCAUGCUGAACAAGUGAUAGGUGUAGUCCAGCGUUACAUAGACGGAAGCGUUCGCGUCAUACAGGAGCUUGAAGAUAUAAAGGUGCUUGCCCAGUGUGCACUUGGGGCGGCUAAGUGGGCUCUCGUAAUCGGCCAGAACGCACAUGUUUUAUCCGUGUCCCAGUUUUUCGAUGCCGUGUCAAUGUUAAGGAUUUGUUUUUUGAUGUCUUCUGGACGAAAAUUUCCCGUGCUCCAGGAAAUUCAACUAACUGAAGCUCCUGUGAACUACAUGCCAGGAUGAUGAAAACUGUACCUAGCAUGACUUCUAUCUGCUCUAAUAUUCUCAGCAAAGAGAAUACUCACGACGACUCCUGGCACUACGUCUUCAACAUCAUCUUCGACGGGAAGUUCAGCUAGAACAAGCGCGACUACUACUACUACUAGACUGCAAGAUCUGGCACAGUUAGCCACGGCUUUCCGCAUAAUGGAUAUUCCGGAUCAGAGUUUGUUCGAUAGCAUCGGCAUGGCAUUUGAGGGCUUAGCGCUUCCUGUUGGUAUCCAAGGUCCUGACGAGGAUGAAGAGUUUAGUAGAAGAGGGAGAAAGCCGAAGAUGCCGACGUCAUGUCGUGGAGAGAGUGACGAAGCUAGUAAUAGUAGAAAGGAAGUAGAAAAUAAGUCUACACCAGGACUAGAUACUCCAGAAUGUAACACGGGGUCCACUCCGAAAUCCCAUUUUGUUAACAAAAUCCUUAAUGACGCAGCAAGAACAACUACAACCUCUUCCGCCUUUUCGCAACAAAAGAAGUAUGAGGCUGCGGUUUUAGACGCCUUUGUGGCCUUAGAGUUGAAGCACAGCAGUUAUGCGACGUUAAAUGACCGCGUGAUGGAGAGGAGAUUGGAGACGCAGGAAAAGAGCGGAAGCGCAGCUGCAUUCGGUACCAUCGUGGAUGUAACGGAAGAUGGGGAAAGAGAGCCAGACUUUGUCGAAAUCUAA